AUGACCCCUGCAGCUCCUCUCAGUGUGGCUGUCGGAAGCAUCACACUUCGGACGCUUCGUCGUCAAGGCAGAGCGGCUCUAACGGCAGCAGCGGCAUCCUCUUACAACCAAACAGGACCACAACCACAAUCCACAUCCCAUCGAUCCUAUUCCGUCUUGGCGGGCAAUACUACUAGAACUGGUAGUACAAGACCCCCCACCACUGUCACUAGCAGACGCCACUUUUCGUCGUCCAAUUCCAAACGCGACUUUUAUGAUGUUUUGGGUGUUUCCAAGACGUCCAAAAAAGGCGACAUUAAAAAGGCAUAUUUCCAAUUGGCCAAAAAGUACCAUCCGGAUACCAACCAGGGCGAUGAAACGGCGGCAGAAAAAUUCAAACAAGUCACGGAAGCGUACGAAGUCUUGACGGACGACGAAAAACGCAAUCUCUACGAUCAAUUUGGACAUGCCGGAGUCGAUCCCAAUUUUCAAGGCGGUAACCCAUUUGGUGGAGCUGGAAAUCCAUUUGGUGGUGGAGCUGGAGCGGGUGGAUUUGAUUUUGGUGAUGGAUCGUUUCAUUUUAGUAGUAGCGGUCCUGGCGGUCAAAAUAUUGAUGCCGAAGAUUUGUUUGAAGCCUUUUUUGGAGGCGGACAACGCCGUCGUCCACGAGGUCCUCGUCGCGGGGCCGAUUUGCAAAUGCACGUCAAAAUAACCUUUCGUGAAGCCGUCUUUGGCACCCACAAGGAUUUGAAUGUCCGGUAUCAAGUCCGAAAUGACAGCAAUGGCCAAGUCGAAAUCAAAGAUCGACAAGUUACCGUUGAUAUUCCCGCCGGUAUUGACAGUGGCAUGAAUUUACGAUUGGCCGGUCAAGGGGCCGAAGGCGAUCCCGGGGCACCCCAGGGCAAUUUAUUGGUCAAUGUCCUCGUCGAACCGGAUGACUACUUUCAGCGCGAUGGAUUUGACGUGCAUACCGAAGUCCCCAUUUCACUGACGGAAGCCGUACUCGGUGGAACCGUCGAUGUCCAGACACUCACCGGAAUGGUCGAAAUGAAAGUCCCCAAGGGAUGUCAAGUCGAUACCAAACUCAUGUUGCGGGGCAAGGGAAUCCCCUACCUCAAUCAUAAUCAACACGGCAAUCAAAUUGUCCAUUUGCAGAUUGAAAUACCAAAGGAAAUUACACAACGACAAGAAGAAUUGUUGCGAGAAUUCGAUCAAGAAGCAGUAGAGAGUGGCAAGGGCAUGGGCGGACGACUCAGUGACGCUGUCGGUAGUGCCUUUUCCAACUUGUUUGGAUCCAAAAAGAAAGAUAAUAGUCAAAGCAAAACGAAGACGAAGCAAGACAAGGAAGAAUCCAAAAAGGUGCAAGACAGCGACAGUGACGAAGAAGAAGAAGACGCCAAAAAGACGGCCGCCCAAUAA